GAGCUUAGCGGCCGAGUGAAGCCUCCCCAACCGAAGGGAAGGGGCGGCGACUGAGACGCGAAGGCUUCCGCCCUCCAAGGCCCAGGAAGACGCGAGGGACUGGGCCAUGGAGCCUGCCCGGCCGCGCGUGCUGAUCGUGGGCGCGGGGCUGGCGGGCCUGGCCGCAGCCCAGCGCCUCCUCCUCAGCGGCGGCUCGCGGCGCUUCUCCGGCCUGCGCGUGCUGGAGGCCUCCGGGAGAGCGGGAGGACGCAUCCGCUCUGGGAUGUUCGGAAAUAAAGUGGUUGAGCUUGGUGCCCACUGGAUCCAUGGACCUUCAAAGGAGAACCCUGUAUUCCAGCUCGCUAUGGAGCACGGAUUAUUAGAUGAAGAGGCUAUGUCUGAGGAGAACCAACAGGUGGAAGCCGGGGGACAUCCUGUGGGGCCAACAGUCUGCUAUUCCAGCCAGGGCCAGUUGAUCAGUUCGGAUAUUAUAGAUUCCAUGAGGAUCCUCUUUUUCACUCUCCUAGAAGAAUCACGCGAGUUCCUGCAUGCAGACAAAGUCCCCGUUCAUAGUGUGGGUGAAUACAUGAAAAAAGCAAUAGUUCAACAGAUGAAGGAAUGGACCGACGAUGAAAAGACCAAAUCCUUGAAGCUGUCUAUCCUCAACUUGUAUUUCAAGUUGGAGUGCUGUGUGAGUGGAACUCAUAGCAUGGAUCUGGUGGCCCUGGGACCCUUUGGAGAAUACAGAAUGCUGCCUGGCUUGGACUGUACCUUCCCCAAUGGUUAUGAAGGACUCACAAACUGCAUAAUGGCUUCUUUACCCAAAGGGACUGUGCUCUUUGAUAAGCCAGUGAAGACUAUUCAUUGGGGGGGCUCCUACUUGGAAGAGUCCACAGGGCGCCUUUUUGGAGUUCAAGUGGAAUGUGAAGAUGGCGAAAAAUUCUUAGCUGACCAUGUCAUCCUCACGGUGCCUUUAGGGUUCCUCAAAGAACACUACAAGACCUUUUUCUAUCCUCCGCUUCCAUCCCAGAAAGUGGCAGCAAUAAAAAACCUGGGAUUUGGAACAAACAAUAAAAUAUUUUUGGAAUUUGAACAGCCAUUCUGGAAGCCAGAUUGUGAAGUUGUUGAGGUGGUAUGGCUGGAUGAAUCACCUUUGGCUGAACCACCUGGUGAUUUGAAGACUACCUGGUUUCAAAAAAUUCCUGGCUUCAUUGUUCUCCAUCCUCCAGAAAGGUAUGGACAUGUCCUCUGUGGCUUCCUUGCUGGGAAAGAAUCUGAAUUCAUGGAAACUCUUACAGACACUGAGGUUCUCACAACUUUAACACAAGUAUUUCGUAGAGUAACAGGAAAUCCACAGCUUACUCCACCAAGGAGUACCCUGAGAUCUAAAUGGCACAGUGAGCCCUAUACCAAAGGUUCUUACAGUUAUGUGAGUGUUGACAGCAGUGGAGAUGACAUUGAUGUCCUUGCUCAACCCCUUCCUGAAGAAACAUAUAAUUCUAAGACACCUGGGCUCCUUUUUGCAGGGGAAGCCACACAUCGCACUUUCUAUUCAACAACUCAUGGGGCUUUGCUAUCUGGCUGGAGAGAAGCAAAUCGACUUAUUCACAUCUAUGACAAGUCUGAAACUCUACAUGCUAUGCUGUAAGCAGCUAACAGCGCCUCUUUUUUUUGCUGAUGAUUGUCUCAUCAAUAAUCAUUAGACAACUUGUAGCCCCCAAAACACAUUUUGAUCUACCUGAUAAACAUGCUGGGUCUUUCUUGCAUUUGUGAUUUGGGGAACCAGAAUCAAAAGACCUAUCUUUCAGCACCUCGAUUGUAUUCCACAAAGAUAAUUCAGUUAAAAAUAAACCUCCCUUUGGGCUGCUUUUAUUUCCACUA